CGUAUCUGUCUUCGGUAGCGGUCCGGACAGUAGGGAGAAAGUUCAACGAACAUCAUGCUAUCGGUUUAGUCUCAGAGCUUUGCCAUCUCCGCCGUGUCCGGAUAUCCAGGCCUCGGACGUUCCACGCGGACAGGGAGAACAGUUGGAGAUGUUCUCAAAGAACUUGCCAUCUAUAAAGGCUGCCCUUCCCACCGAAAGUAACCCAUCAGCAACAAUUCAGUUCAAGCAGCACAACAGACAACCAAGCUCCCCUUCAAAAAAAUCCCCAGACCAACCACCAUCAAAAUGAAGACCACCAUCAUCCUCGCGCUCUCCGCCCUUUCCGGCUUCGCCCUCGCUGGCAAAGACCACUCCGAGCACAACUGCUGCUUCCGCAACGACCGCACCGGUGGCACAUGGGCAACUCAUCCAGAUCUCACCAAGGCUGCUUGCGGCGACUUCCCUCAAGGAACCUACGACAACGGUGUCUGCACCGAGAACAUCAACAUUCGCCGCAUUGAUGGCGAUGCUUUCUUCGCUGCCUGCAAGUCUCACUCGGAAGAUGUCCACAUUGUUGACAAGAGCAACGUCGGAGCGGGUUACCGUGGAACUUGCUAGAUGGUUGAACAGAAGUAAUCGGAGGAGUACGUUUGAAGGAUAUAAAAGAGAGCAUUGGUUGUUGGGGAGUUUCUGAGUGGCUGUUUGCGUCUCUACUGGUGACCGGUUUCGCGUGUCAUUCAGUGCAACCUUCGGUAACCCUACAAAUGGAAAUCGAGGACUCAAUGCGGUCAAUUUCGCCCUCGACUCAAAUUCCACGACUCUUUCUUCGCCGCUCCUCCUGCAUAUACGAAUUGAGAGAGAGAUUUGUGGGGUUCACUAUUGUCUAGCAGGCGGCACAGUGGGAUGGCAGUGUAUAAAGCUCAUAGCGCCGUUGCACGUUGGCUACCGGUAUUGAUUCUUGAUCUCUUUCUAUCGAAUAUUGAACGUCAUGCGAUUUGCAGGGACCAAGCGACAACAGUCUUUGAUCUGACGAUAUCAACAAGAGAGCUUUUAAGCACGGG